ACACCCUUCUUCUUCUCCUCCUCUACCUCAACCAAACAACCACCUUUAUCCAUUAACAACAAAUCGAAGUCUAUAAAGAAACAUUAAAUAUGAGGCCUAUUAGCAGCGGUAACACAGUAGAAGCAUCAACUAUGCCCUCAUUGUCACCGCCGGCAAUGGCGCAACCUCGCUCUCCAUGGAACUCACCCGUGCCAUACCUAUUUGGAGGCCUAGCAGCGAUGCUGGGUCUCAUUGCUUUUGCUCUCUUGAACUUAGCUUGCUCCUACUGGCGACUUUCCGGUCGUUUGAACAACCACGGUGAAGGCGGUGACGCCGAAAGGGAUGUAGAAAGAUGUGAAAAUGAAGGUGAAUCAACCAAGCCAGUGAAGGUUUAUGAGGAGAAAAUUCUGGUUAUAAUGGCUGGCGAGGAGAAGCCCACGUUCUUGGCUACCCCUGUAUGCACUAAAACUUCCUCGUUCGGUGUUAAAUAUGGUAAGCCUGACGAAAAUGAAGGACCGGAGAAACCUGUAAACGGUGAGAAAGUGAAAGAAGAGAUGGGCAGGGACGAUGAUGAACGAUUGCCAACUAUAACAGAUAACUCUGAAAACCACGAGAACCAUGACAGCCAAACAACCCCUGACUAAAAUUAAACCGGUGAGCUUAGUUCUUAGUUUCUUUUCUUAAUUUUUUAGUUUGGUCUCUCUUUGGAGAGAGUGAGAUUUUUUACUGUUUUUUAUUUUUCCUUUCUUCUUCCACAUUUUUUUUAAUCGAUUAUGAUAGUCGGAAAAUGUAAAUUUUGAUGAGAAAGGCUCAAGUUCUCUUCCCAAAUCACAUCUAAAUUCCAUAAACAAAGCAAACUCAAGUCCCUGGUGGUGUAUUUGCUAAGCACAAAUCGGCUGAGAAACAAGAGGAAAAAAAGAAGUGAUAUGUGAUAUAAAAAUAUGAUGGGAAUAAUGAUCCUUUUUUUUAUGAAUUAUAAAUAGUGGAAUCAAGGAAGGAAAGAAAAGUGACUCGAAAUCAAAAGCACGUAUUCCUCAAAAGAGUUAUAGUUUUAGCGCUGUUAAAGGAAAACUGAAGAGGAAGGGCAAAGGGACGUUGAUUCACAAAGUAUGCAAUUGCAUUACAAGUCAGCAGUUUUCUCUAGCAAGCAGGACUGCAGGAGACAA